GAGAGUCCUGCCCCUCUGCCUUCCUCAGAUCAAUGCCCCGGCCACUCACUUUCUGAUGCAGCACGACGGGAAAUGCUUUGAAUACUUGCGACAUGGCUGCGCGCAUUGAUCGCCAAGAUUGACAGCAGCUCGGCCGCGAGUCUUCUCCUCCUGUGUGUGRGCGCGCGCGCGAGGGGAGGGAGAUAAAGAGCAGAUAGUAGACGGGAACAACAAAAGGUGCUUGUAGUUUUGGACAACUGAACUUCACAGAGAGGGAGAGAGAGAGUGAGUGAACGGGAUCCCGCUCCUGUAUGGCCGAGCAGAGACAAGUUUUCGCUCAACAGAUAGCUCAGUCUUUAUUUCAUUUUAGUUGUUUCUUUUACAGUAAAGUCUUAAAGUCGAGUCUUUAGUGUUUUUUAACGCACGAGGAAGGACGCGCAGCUUUCUUCUCCACGGCUUCCAUCUUCAAGGUUAUUUACAUGAGUUCGAAAUCAGCCAACCAGUGAACACUGGAAGCUGGGGAUCAAGUCUUUCAGUUUUUUAACCCCACACGCUGACAUGGAGGGCUUUCUUCGUAGCAGCUUUUUACUGAGCAGAGUCAUGUCUUCUAAGCAAGCCACAUCUCCUUUUGCCUCUGUGGUUGAUGGCGACGAUGCCAUGGGUCAGGAGCACUUGUCUUGGGAAAAAGAUGAGAGUGCAGAAGCUCACGGCACACCACAGCUGCCCCUGCACAGUUUGCUCCAUGGAAAAGCCCCCGAUGAAAUGCAGCCGCUCAGCAGCGUACCACCAGAGAGCGACUGGGAAAGCCUGGUGUCAGCACAGCAGCGCAUGGAAUCUGACAGCAAUAAAGUAUGUUCCCUGUACUCCUUCCGGAACAAUUCUACAUCUCCACACAAGCCRGAGGAGGGGGCCCGGGAGCGAAGUGACCUGCUGAGCGGAUCAGUGUUUGGAACUCCGGAGCGUCGCAAAGGAAGCCUGGCAGACGUUGUGGACUCACUAAAGCAGAAGAAGCUGGAGGAGAUGACAAAGACAGAACAAGAUGAAUCUUCAUGCAUGGAAAAAUUACUUUCUAAAGACUGGAAAGAGAAGAUGGAGAGGCUCAACACCAGUGAGCUGCUGGCAGAAGUAAAAGGUACUCCAGAGGGCCUGGCAGAAAAGGAACACCAGCUCUCCACAAUGAUCACCCAGCUGAUCAGCCUGCGCGAACAGCUUCUGGCUGCCCAUGAUGAGCAGAAGAAGCUUGCAGCUUCACAGAUGGAAAAACAGAGGCAGCAAAUGGAGUUGGCCCGACAACAGCAGGAGCAGAUUGCAAGACAACAGCAGCAGCUUUUGCAGCAGCAGCACAAAAUCAACCUCCUCCAGCAGCAGAUCCAGGUCAGUCCAUCCAUUCUGGGCUCUCAUAGAGUACUGAUGCCAUCAUAAGAUACAUAUUUUUCUUUUUUCUUUUCUUUUCCUGCAUUUUGUAUUUCUAAUUUUGUGUCACAGUAGCUGCGUUUCCAUUGACCAUGAAAAUGCGCAAAUUAGAAUUUCGAAAAUAAAUUUGCCCAAUGGAAACACGUGAUUUCGAAAAAAACACAUUUUUCGACAAAAUGUUUUAGCGCUAGAAA